AUUUUAUGUUAAAUUAAGACGACUUCGUAACUCUCUUAAUAUUUUGAUUCAAAUAUUUCUGGAGUACACUUGAAUGAUUCGGGGAGUCAAUAUCAUAAGGUGGUUGCAAUGCCAAAAAUUCAUUGUUUUUGACAUGGAGAACUUUGCAUAAUCAUGAACAAAAACAUACAACAGAGUUCCCACACCGUCUCCUGAUUAACCUGUUAACCCGUCGCUGUUUUGUGUGCUAUUUUAGAGCUAUCAUUGUAGCUAUAUAGUUUUAUAUUCAUGUCAACAGAAAAAGACGAAUCAUCAGAAUCGAAUUAGCAAGACGUAGUCGUAGACGACAGUUAUUGGGACAAACAACUUAAUUUCAAUUCCAUAUUAUUCGCUCGCACAAUGGCGUUUAUAAAGAAGACUACGUGUUGUUGUGUUAUAUAUCUUGUUCUGUGCGCUGUGUUUUCACAAGUAGAAGGGACUAAGUGCUAUUUGGGACAUUUCUGUUUUCAUGAAUCAUUGCAUUGCUGCUUAAAAGGAAAUGUGUGUCGGCCCAAUUGCAUUGGCAAGCCUUGUACUUCCGCUAGCCGCCACUGCGCGCCAGGCGAAUAUUGUUGUCAUGAAAAAUGUGCCUCGAAUUGUUCGUCCUGUUCCUCUGAUAACCACUGCCCAUCAGGCGAAUAUUGUUGUGGUCUUGCCGAAAGUUCCAGCGGCAAAUGUGCUAGGUCUUGUCUUGGACAAUCGUGUAAAAGUGAUUCCCAUUGUGGACUGGUCGGAACCUGUUGUGAUCGUGGUAAAAAUCCUAUUGGCAAGUGUUCUGCAAUUUGUAUUGGAAAAUCGUGUAAAAAGGAUUCCCACUGUGUAAGUAAAUAUGAUGAACAGUGUUGUAAUGGAACUUGUGCCGUAAAUUGUAAUGGUGAAUCGUGUUCCUACCCUUUUCACUGCGCAUUUUAUAUGGGUGAGUAUUGUUGUGAUCGUGGUCAAAGUUAUUAUGGCAAAUGUGCUAGAUCUUGUGUUGGAGAAUCGUGUAGAUCUGAUUCCCACUGCGGAUCAAGUGAAUAUUGUUGUCCUAAUGGAACGUGUGCCUCAAAUUGUAUUGGCGAACGUUGUUCCCGCCAAAGCAACUGCGCACCAGGAGAAUCCUGUUGUGGUCUUGGCGUAAGUCGUAUUGGCAAAUGUGAUAGAUCCUGUAUUGGACAAUUUUGUGAAAAGGAUUCCCACUGCGCAUCAGGUGAAUAUUGUUGUGAUCGUGGUCAAAGUCGUUUUGGCGAAUGUGCUAGAUCUUGUAUUGGAAAAUCGUGUAAAAAGGAUUCCCACUGUGGAUCAGAUGAAUAUUGUUGUGGAUCUAACGGAACAUGUGCUUCAAAAUGUACUGGAGAAUUCUGUUCCUCUGAUAGACACUGCCCAUCAGGUGAAAUCUGUUGUGGCCCUGGGCAAGACCCUAUUGGCACAUGUGCUAGAUCUUGUAUUGGAAAAUCAUGUAAAUAUGAUUCCCAAUGCCGAUCAUCAGGUGUAUAUUGUUGUUCUAAUGGAACGUGUGCCUUGAAUUGUAUUGGAGAAUCUUGUUCCUAUAAUGGCGACUGCGCAUCAGGUGAAUAUUGUCGCGAUGGUUAUCGAGAUGAUGGUGAAUGUACAAAACGGUGUAAAUCAGAUAACGAUUGUGAUUCCACUGGACAAUGUUGUUUUGGUUAUCGUUGUGACGAUUGCAAAGAUCGACGUACUUGGCUUUAUGCAAUCUAUGUACUUGUGCCUUUUAUUUUUUUUGUCUUAAUACUUGGAUUUGUCAAGUUUUCCUGCCGUCGUAAAGCCAGGUCGGCAGCAGCAGCCUGGAGUCGUCAUGCUCAUGAAAGAGAAAGACAGCCUGCACCCACAAGAACUACAGUCGUUGAAAGUCAAGAGGAAGACGAGGAAGAAGAAGAGCAACAACAUACACCCCACGAACAGCCAUUGCAUUUCCAAAACCUGGGACCCUUCCCCAAUCAACCCCCACCGUACACUAAUCACCCCCCUCCUCCAUACCCCAAUCAACCCCCACCCGAUCAACCUCCACCAGCAUACUCAUGGCUCCCCUUAACCCCAUGUCAACCUCAAGGCAGAAUAUCCCCACCACCAUACCACAGCCAAAACCUUUCACCAGGACCAAGUGAUCCUCCAAUUGAAACGACACCACACGUUAUAUUCAGAGACAGGGACAAUGUUGACACACAUUUCUAGGAGUUUUACUCUUGUUGUUUAUUUCGACGAUUAUCAUGCAAUAAUCGCUCCAUUAUUGAUUAUUUCAAAAUGGCCGAUUAAUUGGCUCAUCUCUAUUAGUAUGUCAAUUAAAUAACAAAACUCACAAUAAGUACAUGUUUAUAUGAAUGCAGACUGCAUUUCAAAAUUUGAUUCUUAUAUUAUUGAAUUUUCGACACGUUACUCAAUUGACAAUUAAUUAACAUAUGUUUAGUGUAUAAUUUAUAAAAUAAAUAAAAAAUGC